GUGAGCUGUGACGCGUGUUUAAAAGGGAACUUCAGAGGGCGCCGGUACAAGUGUUUAAUUUGCUACGACUACGACCUGUGCGCGUCGUGCUACGAGAGCGGAGCCACCACAACGAGACACACGUCGGAGCACGCCAUGCAGUGUAUAUUAACCAGGAUAGACUUUGGUAAGCACGCCAUGCAGUGUAUAUUAACCAGGAUAGACUUUGGUAAGCACGCCAUGCAGUGUAUAUUAACCAGGGUAGACUUUGGUAAGCACGCCAUGCAGUGUAUAUUAACCAGGGUAGACUUUGGUAAGCACGCCACGCAGUGUAGAUUAACCAGGGUAGACUUUGGUAAGCACGCCAUGCAGUGUAGAUUAACCAGGGUAGACUUUGGUAAGCACGCCAUGCAGUGUAUAUUAACCAGGGUAGACUUUGGUAAGCACGCCACGCAGUGUAGAUUAACCAGGGUAGACUUUGGUAAGGAUGACACGCAGAUUAAACAUGUUACAUUAUGAGAAGGGACAGGAGUUUUUUUCCUGACCACGUGACCCAGCAGGGCUAUCUUGAAGUUCUUCCUGGUCAGGUGGCCCAGCAGGGCUGUCUUGUAGUUCUUCCUGGUCAGGUCAUUCGAUUUUUGAUGAUCCUUCUGCUUUCAGUGUAUUUGCGUGGUGAGAUAUAUAUUUUUGUCUUUGUUUUCUACCUUAUGCGCGUUGAGCAUGUGAAAUGUGCUCUACAAAUUCAAUAUGAUUAUUAUUUGAUAUAAGACGUUUGUUGUGUUAUGGUGAUGAUGGUGUGGAUUGUUUUGCUUUGCAGACCUGUAUUACGGCGGCGAGGCUUUCUCAGUAGAGCAGCCCCAGAGCUUUUCCUGUCCGUACUGUGGUAAAAUGGGCUACACAGAGACAUCCCUACAGGAGCAUGUCACCUCAGAGCAUGCAGAGACUUCCACAGAGGUGGUAAGUGGGGGAUAUCAUCCUAGUGUUUCAUCUAGCUUCACUAAGACAGGAGAGUCUGGUCCCUCAGUCUUGCUCUGUUACCCUUCUGCCUGAAAAAAUGUGGCCUCCAUUGGUUUCAAUAUAAUGUUUCUAGGGGAAACAUUGCAUCCAAUGACAUCUCAUACAUCCAACUUGGAUUCCAGGGCUCAUGGAAGCAGUAAUGCAAUUCUCAAAUAAUUAUUUUUACAACUGAUGCUUGUGAAUGGUCAGUUGAAUAUAUCCAGAGGGUGUUUACUGCUUUCUUCAUUUCAGAUCUGUCCAAUAUGUGCUGCGUUGCCGGGCGGGGACCCCAAUCAUGUGACUGACGACUUUGCUGCUCAUCUCACACUUGAACACCGAGCACCUAGAGACUUAAUAUCCUUUUAUACAGCUCUACUCUGUGUGUGUGUGUGUGUGUGUGUGUGUGUGUGUGUGUGUGUGUGUAUGUGUGCCUACCUGCCUCUGAGUGUAUACACCUCUGUGGAUGUAAUUACUAUACACCUCUGUGGAUGUAAUUACUAUACACCUCUGUGGAUGUGAUUAUUCCAGUUACUAGCGAACCCCUUGAUCUGUGCUCCUUAACCCACUGUGUUUACGAUGAGUCCAGUGGCGUCCGGCACGUGCGUCGGAUGUUCCACCAUGGUCGCGGGCUGGGCGGUCCUAGGGCACGCAGGACCAACAUGCACUUUACUAGCAGCUCCACCGGGGGGCUCUCCUCUUCACAGAGCUCCUCUUACUCCCCCAGUAACAGGGAAGCCAUGGACCCCAUAGCAGGUGAGCAGUGCACCUGGUCUGACCAGUCUGUCUGACUGUCAGUAUAAUUGCAAACAGGCUCUUCCUCAUAGAAAUGGAUAAGAGAAUGUAUAGUUUCUCCCCUCUUGUGGCUCCUAUGUGCUGGGUAUUUGGGUAGAACUGGCCCUGUCGGUGUAGACUACAGUCUGUUUUACUUGGUUACUCAUGGAGUCAUUUGACUAUUCAUUUCACUUCUUUUAUCUCUCCAUGAGACUGCAUGGCUCCUGUCUCCAAUGUCGUAUAACCUGCAAACACAGUGUCUCUUGUCAAAAGCUCUGUGACUCCCCUACAGUAGUAUGGUGUCUCCCACCAACCUGUCUAUACUGGAGAAUGUUCAUUUGACUGUCACCAAAAGAAACUCAAACACUUCACUUCAUCUGUCUCCCCUCCCCAUUCCCACAGAGCUAUUGUCUCAGCUGUCGGGCGUGCGGCGCUCGGCGGGCGGCCAGCUCAACUCGUCAGGCCCGUCUGCGUCUCAGCUGCAGCAGUUACAGAUGCAGCUGCAGCUGGAGCGCCAGCAGGCCCAGGUGGCCCGGCAGCAGCUGGAGACGGCCAGGAACGCCACACGACGCUCUAACCCCGGCGGCAACAUCAGCGCCACCAUCCCACAGCCCAGCGCCGUCGCCAACUCUGCCGGCGUGGCCGAGAGCAAUUCUAUGGCCUCCCACAGCUCCCAGUUCCUGCUCACACGGUGAGUUGUCUACUCGUGGACAGAGCCUUCUACUUACUUUACUGUUUUUAUAAAUGGAUCAAGGCUCUGCAGACUUGACAUCUCAGGAAAGUAUUCAGACCUCUUGAUGUUUUCCACAUUUUGUUACGUUACAGCCUUAUUCUAAAAUUGAUUUAAUAAUUUUUUCCCCUCAUCAAUCUACACAAAAUACCCCAUAAUGACAAAGCAAAAACAGGUUUUCAUUUUUUCACUACUGUGCAGCACCAACUUCCCUGGUCCUAAAGACCAGUGGACAAUGGACCCUGUGUACUUUGACCUCUCACCUCUACCUAUGCACAUCAAUGGCUGCACCUUUUUACUACUAGUAUGACUGAGCAGUGAGCAACACACUGCACUCACUAUGGAGACAAAUAGCCCCUGGUGCAUAUGAACACAGCCCAACCCAUGUCCUACAAACAAGGCUGUGCCUGUAGACAGCUGUUUCCCUGGACCUGCAUACUACACAGAGAUUUGUUCAAACACAGUAGCUAGCUACAUACUAACCGUGCUCAACUCUACCUGCAUGGCAUACAGUGCAUUCGGAAAGUAUUCAGACCUCUUGAUGUUUUCCACAUUUUGUUACGUUACAGCCUUAUUCUAAAAUUGAUUUAAUAAUUUUUUCCCCUCAUCAAUCUACACAAAAUACCCCAUAAUGACAAAGCAAAAACAGGUUUUCAUUUUUUGUGUGCAAAUGUGUUUAUGCAAAUAUCUUAUUUACAUAAGUAUUCAGACCCCCUACGUGGUGUCUCCCACCCACCUACGUGGUGUCUCCCACCCCACAGACAUGGUAUCUCCCACCCCCCUACAUGGUAUCUCCCACCCCCCUACAUGGUAUCUCCCACAGACAUGGUGUCUCCCACCCCUCUACAUGGUAUCUCCCAAAGACAUUGUCUCCCACCCCCCUACAUGGUAUCUCCCACAGACAUGGUGUCUCCCACCCCCCUACAUGGUGUAUCCCAAAGACAUGGUGUCUCCCACCCCCCUACAUGAUAUCUCCCACAGUCAUGAUGUAUUCCACCCCCCUACAUGGUAUCUCCCACAGACAUGGUCUCUUCCACCCCCACUAUAUGGUGUGUCCCACCCCCCUACAUGGUAUCUCCCAAAGACACGGUGUCUUCCACCCGCUACAUGGUAUCUCCCACCCCCCCUACAUGUUAUCUCCCACAGACAUGGUGUCUCCCACCCCCCUACAUGGUUUCUCCCAAAGACAUGGUGUCUCCCACCCCCCUACAUGAUAUCUCCCACAAUCAUGAUGUCUUCCACCCCCCUACAUGGUAUCUCCCACAGACAUGGUGUCUCCCACCCCCCUACAUGGUGUCUCCCACAGACAUAGUGUCUUCACCCCCCUACAUGGUGUCUCCCACAGACAUGGUGUCUUUCACCCCCCUACAUGGUGUCUCCCACAGACAUGGUCUCUCCCACCCCCCUACAUGGUGUCUUCCACCCGCUACAUGGUAUACCCCACCCCCCCCUACAUGGUAUCUCCCACAGACAUUGUGUCUCCCACCCCCCUACAUGGUAUCUCCCAAAGAAUGGUGUCUUCCACCUGCUACAUGGUAUCUCCCACCCCCCCUACAUGGUAUCUCCCACAGACAUUGUGUUUCCCACCCCCCUACAUGGUAUCUCCCACAGACAUGGUGUCUUCCACCCCCCUACAUGGUGUCUCCCACAGACAUGGUGUCUUCACCCUGCUACAUGGUAUCUCCCACAGACAUGGUGUCUCCCACCCCCCUACAUGGUGUCUCCCACAGACAUGGUGUCUUCAGCCCGCUACAUGGUAUCUCCCAAAGACAUGGUGUCUUCACCCCCCUACAUGGUGUCUCCCACAGACAUGGUGUCUUCCACCCCGCUACAUGGUAUCUCCCACAGACAUGGUGUCUCUCACCCCUCUACAUGGUAUCUCCCAAAGACAUGGUGUCUUUCACCCCCCUACAUGGUCUCUCCCACAGACAUGGUCUCUUCCACCCCCCUACAUGGUGUCUCACACAGACAUGGUCUCUUCCACCCCCCUACAUGGUGUCUCCCACCCCCCUACAUGGUAUCUCCCAAAGACAUGGUGUCUUCCACCCGCUACAUGGUAUCUCCCACCCCCCCCCCCUACAUGUUAUCUCCCACAGACAUUGUGUCUCCCACCCCCCUACAUGGUAUCUCCCACAGACAUGGUGUCUUCCACCCCCCUACAUGGUAUCUCCCACAGACAUGGUGUCUCCCACCCCCCUACAUGGUGUCUCCCAAAGACAUGGUGUCUUCCACCCGCUACAUGAUGUCUCCCACAGACAUGGUGUCUCCCACCCCUCGACAUGGUGUCUCCCACCCCUCGACAUGGUGUCUCCCACCCCUCGACAUGGUGUCUCCCACCCCUCUACAUGGUGUCUCCCAACCCUCUACAUGGUAUCUCCCACCCCCCUACAUGGUAUCUCCCACAGACAUGGUGUCUCCCUUCCCUCGACAUGGUAUCUCACAAAGACAUGGUGUCUUCACCACCCUACAUGGUGUCUCCCACAGACAUGGUGUCUUCCACCCUGCUAUAUGGUAUCUCCCACAGACAUGGUGUCUUCACCCCGCUACAUGGUAUCUCCCAAAGACAUGGUGUCUUCACCCCGCUACAUGGUAUCUCCCAAAGACAUGGUGUCUUCACCCCCCUACAUGGUGUCUCCCACAGACAUGGUGUCUCCCACCCCCCUACGUGGUGUCUCCCACCCCCCUACAUGUUAUCUCCCACAGACAUGGUGUCUCCCACCCCCCCUACGUGGUGUCUCCCACCCCCCUACGUGGUGUCUCCCACCCCACAAACAUGGUGUCUCCCACCCCGCUACAUGGUUUCUCCCACAGACAUGGUGUCUUCCACCCCGCUACAUGGUAUCUCCCACAGACAUGGUGUCUUCCACCCCCCUACAUGGUAUCUCCAAUAGACAUGGUGUCUUCCACCCCCCUACAUGGUGUCUCCCACAGACAUGGUGUCUCCCACCCCCCUACAUGAUAUCUCCCACAGUCAUGAUGUAUUCCACCCCCCUACAUGGUAUCUCCCACAGACAUGGUCUCUUCCACCCCCCCUAUAUGGUGUGUCCCACCCCCCUACAUGGUAUCUCCCAAAGACACGGUGUCUUCCACCCGCUACAGGGUAUCUUCCACCCCCCCUACAUGUUAUCUCCCACAGACAUUGUGUCUCCCACCCCCCUACAUGGUAUCUCCCACAGACAUGGUGUCUUCCACCCCCCUACAUGGUGUCUCCCACAGACAUGGUGUCUUCACCCUGCUACAUGGUAUCUCCCACAGACAUGGUGUCUCCCACCCCCCUACAUGGUUUCUCCCAAAGACAUGGUGUCUCCCACCCCCCUACAUGAUAUCUCCCACAAUCAUGAUGUCUUCCACCCCCCUACAUGGUAUCUCCCACAGACAUGGUGUCUCCCACCCCCCUACAUGGUGUCUCCCACAGACAUAGUGUCUUCACCCCCCUACAUGGUGUCUCCCACAGACAUGGUGUCUUUCACCCCCCUACAUGGUGUCUCCCACAGACAUGGUCUCUCCCACCCCCCUACAUGGUGUCUUCCACCCGCUACAUGGUAUACCCCACCCCCCCCUACAUGUUAUCUCCCACAGACAUUGUGUCUCCCACCCCCCUACAUGGUAUCUCCAACAGACAUGGUGUCUUCCACCCCCCUACAUGGUGUCUCCCACAGACAUGGUGUCUCCCACCCCCCUACAUGGUGUCUCCCAAAGACAUGGUGUCUUCCACCCGCUACAUGAUGUCUCCCACAGACAUGGUGUCUCCCACCCCUCGACAUGGUGUCUCCCACCCCUCGACAUGGUGUCUCCCACCCCUCGACAUGGUGUCUCCCAACCCUCUACAUGGUAUCUCCCACCCCCCUACAUGGUAUCUCCCACAGACAUGGUGUCUCCCUUCCCUCUACAUGGUAUCUCACAAAGACAUGGUGUCUUCACCCCCCUACAUGGUGUCUCCCACAGACAUGGUGUCUCCCACCCCUCGACAUGGUGUCUCCCACCCCUCGACAUGGUGUCUCCCACCCCUCGACAUGGUGUCUCCCACCCCUCGACAUGGUUUCUCCCACCCCUCUACAUGGUGUCUCCCAACCCUCUACAUGGUAUCUCCCACCCCCCUACAUGGUAUCUCCCACAGACAUGGUGUCUCCCUUCCCUCUACAUGGUAUCUCACAAAGACAUGGUGUCUUCACCCCCCUACAUGGUGUCUCCCACAGACAUGGUGUCUUCCACCCUGCUAUAUGGUAUCUCCCACAGACAUGGUGUCUUCAACCCCGCUAAAUGGUAUCUCCCACAGACAUGGCGUCUUCACCCCGCUACAUGGUAUCUCCCAAAGACAUGGUGUCUUCACCCCGCUACAUGGUAUCUCCCAAAGACAUGGUGUCUUCACCCCCCUACAUGGUGUCUCCCACAGACAUGGUGUCUCCCACCCCCCUACGUGGUGUCUCCCACCCCCCUACAUGUUAUCUCCCACAGACAUGGUGUCUCCCACCCCCCCUACGUGGUGUCUCCCACCCCCCUACGUGGUGUCUCCCACCCCACAAACAUGGUGUCUCCCACCCCGCUACAUGGUUUCUCCCACAGACAUGGUGUCUUCCACCCCGCUACAUGGUAUCUCCCACAGACAUGGUGUCUUCCACCCCCCUACAUGGUAUCUCCCAUAGACAUGGUGUCUUCCACCCCCCUACAUGGUGUCUCCCACAGACAUGGUGUCUCCCACCCCCCUACGUGGUGUCUCCCACCCCCCUACGUGGUGUCUCCCACCUCACAGUCUGUUCUCUCAGCACCCACAGGCCUACCCAGGUCUCUUCUCCCACUACCUAGAACCAUCUCUCCCAUCACUCUGCACUCCCACUUCCUCCACGUAGUCCCUCUGGUCUGUGUUAACCAGGUACCCUCCUCUCUGUCCUCCUACAGGUUGAAUGAGCCCAAGAUGUCGGAGGUGGAGCGGCAGGCGCUGGAGGGUGAGCGUGCCGACCGCAGCCUGUUUGUCCAGGAGCUGCUGCUGAGCACGCUGAUGCGCGAGGAGAGCUCCUCUUCGGACGAGGAUGAGCGGCGAGACUUUGCCAGCUUCGGGGCCAUGGGCUGCGUGGAUAUCAUGCCUUUAGACGUGGCCCUGGAGAACCUCAUCCUCAGGGAGAGUGGUACAGGCGGUUACAACAGCAGCUGUAGGAGCUCUAAGGAACCUCCACCGCCUCCUCUUUGAUGUAAUCCCAGCACCACGCAGACUUUGUCCUCUGUGCUGCCACUGCCAGUGACGGGCGGGCGGGGCAGCAGGCUGUUUUUGGGUUUGUUUUUUGGUGAUUGUAAUUUCAGGCCUGUCACCUUUGUUACAUUUGUGUACAACCAUAAAAAAGUAGAGUGGGAGCGAUUUGGGGAAAGUGCAAGUGGAUGAGUGUGCAGCGCCAAGCGAGAGAUUGAGAGAAAAUAAAUCAAUAUAUAUAAAUAUAUAUCAAAUGUUGAUAAUCAGUUCCACAUAACUAUUUUUUUCCUUUAGCAGGUAAGCAUUAGGUAGACGUGGCAGAUCUCUCUUCCUGUUCUCAUGCAAAAGGCUCUCCUUAUAAAUACCCCACAUUCAAAACCUGAAGAGGAAUCAGACACCAAAUGGUGAAGCUGCUGUGUGUAUUUAUGACUUAACAAAUAAAAAGUGCUUGGAUGGUAAACUACUGCAUGAGGUUCUUUGGAGCGUGCAUGACUUUUAAUGACCUCAUCAUUAAAAAGGGAGAGAAAAAAAUAUCCCAAAGCUUUCUCUCGUCAACCAUUUUAAACGGUUACUUGAAACAUAAUUGAGUUUUUCAGAAAAAUGUAAUAUCGCAAAAAAACGUCAAUACUUUUUGUUUUAUUUUAAAUAGAAAAACACUACCUAUUGGAAUCUGCAGUAGCUUUAAAAAGAAAACAAUGCAAUGUGUUUAUCUCUCAGCUCCGGUUGGUCCUUCCCUCUCUGUGACAUCGUCUGAAUAUAACAACAACUUGCUGCACUAA